UAUAGUUUGAAAGAGAAAAAUAAAGUUUAGUGAGAGAUAUGAUGCAAAAUGAAAGGUGUGAAGGGUGAAGAAAGGAAAUACCGAUAAUAGCAUCCAUCCACCGACGCGCCUUCUCUCUCUCUCUCUCUUUCUUCUCUCACACACAGACACACCACACUCUCACCGAUGAAGCACCGAACAUGGCCUCGUGCCUCCUCUUCUCCUUUCUGCUCUCUCCCUUUUUCCAACCCAACCGCUUCCCAGAUAUCCGCCCGCUCCACGCGCCCUGCGCCGUCCUCCCCCGCCGCCCACUCCUCGGCGCUUCCGUACGACGUGCUGGCCAAGAUCGCCGCCUCCUUCGACGACCCCAACCUCCGCGCGGCGUCGCUCGUGUGCCGCGCCUGGUGGGAGGCGCUGCGGCCGCUGCGGGAGGCCAUGGUGCUGCUCCGGUGGGGGAAGCGCUUCAAGCACGGCCGCCGCGGCGUCCGUCGCAACGCCGACAAGGCUCUCGACGCCUUCAAUAAAGCCGCCGCGCGCGGGUCCGCCCUCGCCAUGGUGGACGCCGGCCUCAUUUACUGGGAGAGGGGCGAGAAGGGCAAGGCCAUGGAGUUGUAUCUCAAAGCUGCGGAACUCGGAAACCCUUCUGCUCAGUGCAAUUUGGGAAUCUCCUAUCUCCAAGCUGAACCUCGGAAUACUGAGCAAGCUUUGAAAUGGUUAUAUAAAGCUUCUGUUUGUGGGAAUGUUCGUGCCCAGUACCAGCUUGCGCUUUGUCUGCAUCAAGAUUGUGAGAAGAUCCGUGGCAAUAUGAAAGAAGCGGCUAAAUGGUAUAUGAGAGCUGCAGAGGGUGGGUAUGUCCGUGCUAUGUACAAUAUCUCCUUAUGCUUCUCCUUUGGGGAAGGACUGACACGUAAUCAUCAAUUAGCAAGGAAAUGGAUGAAGCGGGCUGCAGAUCGUGGUCAUGGUAAAGCUCAAUUUGAGCAUGGACUUGCUCUCUUUUCUGAGGGAGACAUGAUGAAGGCUGUGGUAUACUUGGAACUUGCUACUCGUGCUGGUGAAAAAGGUGCAGCUCAUGUCAAGAACGCAGUUCUUCAUCGCCUUUCAUCAGCUUCACGAGAUCAUGCCAUGCAUCUAGCUGACAGUUGGCGUGCUUUGCCAUCAAGUUGAUCUGAUCUUUAUUUGUUUUGAGCAAGACGUUGCAUUAACCUCGAUCAGCAGCAUCGUAAGGGUGUAGUCAACAAAGAAGACCCCGAAUAUGAAAACAAGGAAAGCAGGAGCUGACUAAGAAAUUGUCUGUGCCUACCAGUUCUGACUAUAGUGGUUUUUCCUCUAUUUAUAUAAACAAAACAACGCCCGCUAGAAAGGUUGAAACUCGAAAGUUCCUAUUUGGUUCCCCUUAAGUUAGAAUUGUCCAGGGUAGAAUGUGGUGGGCGUUUUUUGUCCUAAAAUUGCCAUCUAGAAAAUUCCAACUUCAUAUUUAGAUUAUAUAGAAUGGAUGGAUAAUAAUGUAAUACUAAGCUGUCUGUCUGACUUUACAAGAGAAUCAGUUAACUUGAGUGGUUCAUAAGGUAAUCUAUAAUUUUGUUUUAUUUUGACUUGA